GGAAUUAAUAAAACUAAACCGUGGAGUUCUCCACCCCUUCUGUUUCUGAUUUCCCUUCGCCUCCUCGUGAACCAUUCCAAUAUUCCUUUUUUUUUCUUUUUUCUUUUUUUUAUUCCCUCUCCUCUAGUCCUCUCCUCUCGCACUUCCUUUUACUUGUAUCUCGUCCCUCAGCAUUAUUCUCUUGAUACGAACCCGACGGCGAGAACACCAAAAAAAAAAAAAAAAGAAAAGAAAGGACCAAAAAAAAAAAAAAAAAAAAAUCUUCGGCGGCGUGACGGGGGAGACGAUGAAGAGCUAGCGCAGGAGCAGAGAGAAGCUUCGAAUCGCCGAAGAUGGCGUCGUCUCCCUCCCUCGACCCCCGCAGCGGCCGCCACAACCUGCCCCCGCCGCGCUCCGGCGCCUCCAAAACCCAAGCGAGCCUGGCGAGGAUUAUCGGCGUCAUCUCCACCGUCCCUCCCCCCAGUCUCGAGCCGCCGCGCGCAAGGGGAGACGAGCGGGGGACUCGCCUCGAUCUGCGCCUCAGAUUAGGGCUCGCAACGGAGAUCGGAGGAGGCUCCGCCGCGGGGGAGGGCGUGGGCCCCACCGCGCGUUGCAUUGCCGGGGGAGACCACGCGUCCGGGGAAGUGACGGCGGCGGAGGAGUCGAUCUCGGCAGCGGAGUCCGUCGCGGGCGAGGGUCCGGCGUCGAAGAGCUCGGAAAGUGAGUGCGAUCCGUCUGGGUCAGGAGGGCGAAGCCCCCCGAAGGAGGCGCUGCCGGGCCACGGCAAGGAAUACUCGGAGAUCACGAAUGUUCGAGAAGGAGAAGAAGAGGAACCGAAGGAGAUAACCGAAGACGGAGGAGGCAAAGAAGAGGCGGGGGCGGGGGCGGGGGCGAGCAACGGAUACCUCGACCUUCUCCUGGAGGCGGUUCGGGAGGUAUUGGGCGGCUUCCUCGACGAAGAACACGAAGGAGCUGCAGGCGCGGAGGAGGAGAAGAAGAUGGAAGCUGCGGGUGAGAGCAGGAGGAGGAGCAGGAGGAGCAGGAGGAGGAGGAGGAGGGAGAGACGCUGCAGGACGAAGACUAGUAGUAAUCUGACGAGAAGCAGAAGCAGCAGCAGCAGCAGCAGCAGCAGCAGGGUCGAAGCGGAGGGAGGCGAGCUGGAGCUGGGGAGGGCCGUUGGAUGUGUACGAGGAGACGGCCCCCAUCGUCCGAUCGAAGCGCGGGAGGAGCCAAACGCUCCCCUCUCGGUAUCGCGACUCCGUGCUGGAGCCCUGGACGACGAAGCCGCCCGUCGUAUCUCGCCACGGCCGCGCCGGGAGGCACUGACCGACCGCACCUCCCGUUACGGAGCUACUAUGGGGAGGGGAUGGUGUUCCGUUUUAUUGUGAGAGCGGGGGGUGUUGGUCUUAUUUCUCGUCAUACCUUAUCUGUGGCGCCACCAAAGCGAAUGCUGUAGCUUGCAGGAGUGUUAGCUUCGGUUUAAUCUAUUCUCUUAUAUCCACCUACAUAA